AUGGGGGAACUGGCGACACUCCAGACUGCUUUGCAGACUCUCUUUUCCUCGCAGAACCAGGAGGAGCGCACUCGGGCUGACGAGUGGCUACGUAAGUGGCAGCAGACUCCUUCAGCGUGGCAAGUGACCAACCUGAUCUUGGAUAAUGAGGCUAACACCGAGAACAUGCUCUUCUUUGCGGCUCAGACAUUGCGUACUAAGAUUCAGUUUGAUUUUUACGAGUUGCAGGAGACCGACUGGACUGGUCUGAGAGAGUCGAUCAUAAACAAGUUGACUAAGUUCAGUGGUCCCAAUGGAUCUAGCGCAGUACGGAUGCAACUGGCAAUAGCUCUGGCAGACAUGGCAAUUCAAAUGGACGACAAAUGGGAGACCGCCAUAGAGGACAUUAUCAAACAGUUCAGCUCCAGUCCAGCUUAUACGAGCCUUCUUUUGAUAGUACUCAAGCUCUUGCCAGAAGAGGCUACUAACUACCGGCUCAUGACGGACACGUCGAAGCGGAACAACGCGUUCAGAAGGCUUGAGAAGUACUCCCCAGGUGUGAUACAGCUCCUUAUGACAGAGUCUAUGAAAGGGGACAGGAAGCUCAGUCUGGAGGCUAUGGUUGAGUGGCUGCGGCUCGGUACUGUCCCAGCCAGUGUCCUCGUCAAUUCCCAGCUUAUGGAUGUGGUCUUUAGUGGUUUGGGAGACGCCAGGAUAUCAUCGUCGUGUACUGACAUAGUGGUGGAGGUACUCGGGUUGUUGGGAAGGGAAUCUAACUCACCAGAAGCGGGUAGUCUGUACGAGCGAAUGUUCGGCAAGGUUGGAGGUCUCCUGCCGGCCCUCGAAACCUCUCUAAGGGAAGACGACAGCGAUGUGGCUAUGAUGCUAUCACGUGUUUGCGUCGAGUGCGCUGAGGCUAUGUGCGUGUUUCUGGUCACCAACGCUACGACCAGCAUGGAAAUGCAACGGAUGCUCGCGGUACUGAUAGAAAUAGUAGAAUAUCGAGGAGAAUUCGAAGUGUCCGAACUGCCCUUAAACUUCUGGGAGGAGUUCGCUCAUGAGGUCAACAUCCGUCCGCCUCAACUGCACGACUCGAUGAAGCCCGUACUGUGCAAACUGCUGGUGGCUUUGACUCAGAGGUGUUCAUUUGAUAGCCAGAGCAAGGCUACUUUGACGGUCGAUAUUCCACCUCCUUACAAGGUCUCUACUAUGGGUACUGAGGAGCUGUACGACCUGUGCACAACCUACUUCGACAUAGACGAUGAUUAUUUGAGGUUUCGGCGCUAUCUUGGAGAAACGGUCUUGCAGGUCCUCGGCCCAGUGGGGCCAACAGCCGCGUUGGAAUGCCUUCUACAGGCCUUUGGAGCUCAGCCACGAGACGCCAUCUACCGUCAGGAAGCCUACUACUUCAUCUUAGGCUGGGUGGUUCGCCGUGUGAAUCCUAAUGAGGCUCUGCUGGCUGAUAACUCUCUCGUGUGGAAGCUCCUAGACUUCAUUCCUGCUCUCUUUAAUACUCCAGCUACUCUCGUGAAGGAUGUCCUCUGCCAGCGCUCAGCCCUUACUCUUGUGGGUGCUUGUGCUCACUUCCUCGAGAAACGACCAGACAAGCUCCGAACUAUGACAGAAUUCCUCAGCGCCCAGCUUGUCGCCGAUCCAGCCACACGACAUCCUUCAGUGACGUAUGCUGCUGCCUCAGCCUUCCGGUUGGUAUGCUUGAGGUGCCGAGAGGAGCUAGCACUGAUAUCUGGUAUGUCUACCGCCUUAUGUAACGUAUACAAGUGUAGCGCCGCAAGUCUGCCCGCCAAGACCCAUAUGAAAGUGGUAGAGGGAACUAGUGCUGUAGUCUCGGCUGGUACUGAUGAUGAGUCUUUCAAGGCUAAUCUUGAAGUAGUUCUCGAGCCGCUCAUUGCAGGUCUCCAACAACACGCGAAUGACCACAAUAUGCUUUGCGAUAUACUCGACCGUCUCAGCACCUGUCUUCUCUCUUCGCGAGUCCCACGAGGAUCUGCCCGGGAGGUCGCCUUGGGCCGCUUCGUUGAGCAGUCCUUGUGGUCGACGGUAUCCCAGAUCAUGGAACAUUGUGUGAACGACCCUCGCCUAGUGGAGAAAUGCUGCAGAGUCCUCAAGCACAGCGUUAGGACCGUUCCUGAUGCAUUCAAGCCUCUCAUACCACGCCUCGUUGAACGUCUGAUAACUGACUUCAACAAGCAGCAUCAUAGUAGCUACCUCUAUAUGGCGGAGGUCCUAGCUGGUACUUACGGUUCCGACCCAGAGGUGGAGCCCCUCUUGAGUCAGCUCUUCGUCUCUCUCUCUGGCACAGCAUUGCAGGCUCUAAUUCAAUUUAGAGCGACCAACCCAGGGAAGCUGGAUGAUGCUUGUGAGCUUAUUGAGGACUUUUACGGUAUGUGUCUCCGUUAUCUACGGCAUUGCCCUCAUAUAGUGGUCUCACGCUGUCCAGAGGUUACGUCAGCCGCUCUUAAUUUCGCUGGGGAAUCGGCCGUGUUCGUCCAACAGAAGGAUGCUGCUGAUGCCGUUUUCGCCUUCAUUGAUGCAUGCUACACCUCCUCAGAGAAGGCCGAUGCCUGGGGAUUCACACCAGCUGAUGCCGAGACGUCUCGAAGGAUCCUCCAGGCUAGCUCAGGUCUCAUGGUCAAGCAGAUGUUCGCAUUGAUGCUCUCUGUGCCUCCACGGUACUUGAGAGAAUACAUCCCCGAGGUAUUGGAAGCUGUGUUCCGGUUCAAUCCUGAGCAGUACCGGAAGGAGUGGUUGCCACAAGCGCUGGGAUUAGUGCCUCAGAGCGUCUUGUCAGACCGAGAGAAGAGCGAGGCGAAGCAGGAUUUGGCGUGUGAGGGUAGUAAGACUGACCUAUAUAAGAGAGUGGCGGAUGUCACUUACCGUUGCGAGCAAGUUGCCUUGAGAAGCAGUCAGAAGUUGUGA